AUGGACGAAAAGGCUGGAGUAGAAGACCCAAAGCCCAUCAUCGAAGAAGAAUGCGCCGAGUCUCAUCACUGUCACCCCUUCAAAAACCUGUUUGAUUCCUGCACUGCUAGAGUUGAGGGCGGCGAGGCAGGCGACGAAACCUGUGUGGAAGAGUUCUUUGAUCUAAUGGCCACUCCCAAGAUCUUUGCCAAGCUCCAUUAG